AGUGGAAUCGAGCGUUAUCUACUCAAUAUACUUCAUCCUUGACGUGGUGAUACAAGAUCUCAUAUUGGAUGCAGGACUGGCUCAAAUAGUGGGAAUUGUUCCAACGCUUAUUAUAGUUCAAAUUGGGCUGGGUCAAGAUACACAUGACGUGGACACUUCCGCUAGUAUGGUGCAGACCGACGGAAGAGGGUUUACCACAACAACGAAUGAUUAUAGCUACGACGUGCCGCCAUCGGACCCUCCGCCCGCGUUGUCUCCAGUUAUCCCCCCUCUACUAUUCUCUCCCACACAACAGACCACGCUCAGAUCAAGUCGAAUAUUUGAGGUACGGCCGCGGAUGGACGAGGAUACGGAGUGCGGAUAUUCGUAA